AAUUACAAAGUAAAAAGACAAUAAAAAUAUUAAUUAAACAAAAAUGUUUGGUUUAAGAACAUUUUUAGGGACCUGCAUGGUCUUAAUUGUUUUAAAUUAUAUAAAUGUGGCAGAUUCCUAUGCCAUAGGCCAGUCAAAAUUGGGCCGCAUUGAAAAGUUUCCCUAUCAGGUGAUGUUAAUUGGCAAACAAUUGUGGCGCAAGCGCAUAUUAUGUGGCGGCACUCUAUUGGACAAUCGUUGGAUUUUGACGGCGGGCCACUGUACCAUGGGAGUAACACAUUUUGAUGUGUAUUUGGGCACCAAAAGUGUGGACGAGUCUUUGGAAUCGGGCAAAGUUGUGUUGAGAAGCAAUAAAUUUAUUGUGCACGAAAGAUUUAAUCCCAUAACAGCAGCCAAUGAUAUUGCCUUGGUCAAACUACCAGAGGAUGUGAAAUUUACUGCACGCAUUAAGCCCGCCACUUUGCCCUAUCGCAUGAAAACCGAUCAGUUUACCGGCUCCAAGGUAGUGGCCACCGGUUGGGGUGCAGCUGGUGAAACCAGAAAUUCAGAUCCCAUGCAAUACACCGAACUGAAGGUCAUCUCUAAUGCUGAAUGUUCAAAUGAAUUCGAUGUUAUAACCGAUGGUGUCAUGUGUGCCAAGGGCUUAAAAGAUGAAACUGUCUGCUCUGGUGAUUCUGGCGGCCCUUUAGUCUUGAAGGGAACUCAAAUGGUGGUGGGUAUCACAAGUUUUGGUCCAGCUGAUGGUUGUGAGACCAAUAUUCCCGGAGGUUUUACCCGUGUAACCCAUUAUUUGGAUUGGAUUGAUGCUAAAAUUGGUAACAGUCAGCAAACACAACAGAAGCAGCAACAAAUACACAGUCAUAAUCAGCACAGACAGCAUUUACACUCAACGACUAGUGUCCAUCAAAAUGCCGUCUAGACAUUUUAAUGUCUCUACAUUACAAAGCAAAUCCUAAGCAAAUGGCUGUGUUAUUUAAGGAUGUUUACAUCUGCAACAAUUUAUCUCAAAAUUUGACUGACUGAAUCUUAUAGCUUUAUUUUAAAUCCAGUUAUUAUAGUUUUUAAGACUUUAAAACUAAGGAAUUUAGCAUUCUUUUCUAUGCAAGAAAACUUGUUAAAAUUCCCUUUUAAAAAAAUGGCCGUUUUUGAGCCAAUUAAAUCAUUUUUAUAUUUAAACAAAAAAUAUGAAAAAAUUCCCUUUCAAUUUGGUUGUGAUAAGCAAAAAAUUUUAUUUAAAUUAAUUACUACUACUACUAUUUUAUAAGCAUUUAAAUGUAUUAUUUAUUUAAAUUAUUCUAUAAUUUUUAAGCUUGAUUUUGAAAAAAAAAAUCUAAAUUUUUGUUUCUACAUCUAAAAAAAAUA